AUGGACUCAAUUGAAAAAGAUUCUAUUGAAAAAAGUUCAACAAUUGGUUCUGAUGAAAACUAUCUAAUAAGUGACAUUGAGUGUACAAAUCUUGUUCCAUGUAUAUUGAUAGAUAUUUUUGAUAGACAAAUAAAACGUUGUCCAAAUUAUACAAAGCCAGGACAUACUCUUUGUGUCUGUAUGUCACAUUUUACAUUUGAUCAAAAUCGAUUACAUAAAAAAAAUCAAAAACAAAUACGAUCAGUAGAAGAAAUUUAUAUUUAUCGAUAUCGAAAUAUACAAGUACCUUAUGUAGGACUCCAAGUGUGUUCAGCUUUUAAUGAUGACAAUAGAAUUGCUAAAAAAAAUAACAAUAAUACAAACCAAGCAGCACGUUAUAUAUGUUCACAAGAACAUAAUCAUGAUACUAUUGAUGCUCUUAAAUUAUUAGGACGAUGA